UCCCUCUCUAACCAGAUUUAAAAAACUGAUAAUAAUAAUCAUGGUUUGGUCAAAUCGCCGCCUUCUUUUGACAGAGACCCCACUGAUCAGUGGAGACGAUACAGAUGAUUCUUCCCACUCAGAGGAAACAAAUUUCGAUUCAGACAUGGUAGUCAUGCUGGUCGCCUUGUUAUGUGCGCUAGUGGCUGCACUCCUAUUAAAUUCAGUAGUACAUCUAUAUCUUCGACGUAGACGUGAGUCCAUAGAGGCGGCAACAAAUUUACAAACUUCUGGGCUUGCAAAACAAGCAAUAAAGAAAAUUCCGGUGGCAAGGUUCAGGAAGCGAAGAGGUGGUUCAGCCACUGAAUGCUCGAUUUGUCUUGGAGAUUUUGUAAAUGGAGAGAAGGUGAGAGUGUUGCCGGAAUGUAACCAUGAGUUUCAUGUCAAGUGUGUAGAUAAGUGGCUAAACGAACAUGCAUCAUGCCCAAACUGCAGGCGGUCUCUUAUUCCACUUAAGGUUGUUGAUGGCGUAGACCAGGCACCCGUUAGGGCUGAGCAAGGUGGCAUGUAGGCAUGGUUUUUGAAGUUUGAUCAAGGAAACUCCGAGAUCUUUGGUUAGGUGUAUUUCAAGUGAAACCAUUUGUAAAUAUAGCUUGCAAUAUAGACCAACCAAUUCAACUUCCAAAGCAAACUUAAGUAACUUGUAUUUGAUCACUACUUUUAUAGAACAGUUUUUCCAAAUCAAACCUAAUUUUAAUGCAGGACUUAGAGUCUUUGUCCUCUUAAAUUGGAGGACAGGGUUCUAAUCUUAUGUUCCAUGUAGGUGAAUCUUAAUAUCUUGAUGAUAUUAACUUUUAACUACUAACUACUGUUAAAAAAAUAAAUAUAA